AUGAAGGCUGAGGCGGCGAAGCACAAGGCGGCGGGUAACAACUCGUUCGCCGCCGCGCGAUACUACGCCGCCACCGCGGAGUUCACCAAGGCGAUCGAGUGCGACCCGUAUGACCACGUGUUCUACUCCAACCGCUCCGCGUGCUACGCCAACUUGGACCAAUACUCCAAGGCGUGCGCGGACGCGCGACGAUGCAUCGAGCUUCGCCCGGAUUUCGCCAAGGGCUACUCUCGUCUCGGUUUCGCUCUCUUCAAGGCUGGUUUCUUGCACGACGCCAUCUCGGCGUACGAGCGGGGUUUGGCUGUCGAUCCGAAGAACAACAACCUCUUGGAAGGCUUGGGUGAGGCGAAGAUUGCGCAAAAGGAAAAGGUUGAGGCGGCCAAGUUGGCGGCGCAAAUGGAUAACGUCACGCUCGACGAAUACGUCAUCGGUAUCGAUCUCGGUACGACGUACUCUUGCGUGUCCGUGUGGAGAAACGGUGAAGCGCACGUUUUGACGAACGCUGAAGGUGACCGCACGACCCCGUCCUGGGUCGCGUUCACGGAGCAAGGUCGUCUCAUCGGUGACACGGCGAAGCGCCAAGCCGCCGUCAACCCGAAGAACACGCUCUUCAACAUCAAGCGCAUCAUCGGUCGCCAAUACAGCGAGUGCGCCGACGACAUCGCGCUCAUGCCGUUCGACGUCAAGGAAGGCGAAGGCGGCAAGCCGGUCAUCUCCGUCGAAGUCGGCGGCGAAACGAAGGAGUUUGCCCCGGAGCAAAUCUCCGCCAUGGUUUUGCAAAAGAUGAAGGCCACCGCCGAGGCGCAACUCGGUGUGCCGAUCACCAAGGCUGUCGUCACUGUCCCGGCGUAUUUCAACGAUGCCCAGCGUCGCCAAACCAAGGAUGCCGGUGCCAUCGCUGGCCUCGACGUCUUGCGUAUCAUCAACGAACCGACCGCCGCGGCGCUCGCGUACGGCCUCGACCGCCGCGAAGGCGCGGAUGGCGAAGUCAUCAAGAGCCAGUGCAUCUUGGUCUUCGAUCUCGGUGGUGGUACCUUCGAUGUUUCUCUCUUGGCGUUGCAAGACGGCGUGUUCGAGGUGCUCUCCACCGCUGGUGACACGCACUUGGGGGGUGAAGAUUUCGACACUGCUCUUGCGGCGUACGCGCAAAAGGAAAUCGAGAAGCAGAAGGGCUCCGACAUUUUUGCCGGCGACGCCAAGUCGCUCCGCAAGUUGCGCACGGCGUGCGAGAAGGCCAAGCGUGAAUUGUCCGUCGCCAACCACGCGAACAUUGAGUGCUUCAUUGGCGAACACGAGAUCAACCUCAAGGUUUCUCGCGAAGAGUUCAACAAGGUGAACGAGCCGACGUUCCAGCGAUGCAUGGACGCCGUCAAGCGCGUGCUCUCCGACGCCAGCAGAAAGAAGGAAGAGGUCAACGAAAUUGUCCUCGUCGGUGGUUCUACCCGCGUCCCGCGCGUGCAAGAGAUCCUCACCGAAUACUUCGACGGCAAGCCGCUCAACAAGUCCGUCCACCCGGAUGAGGCUGUUGCCUACGGUGCCGCGGUGCAAGGUGCCAUCCUCGCGGGUGUCCGCGACAAGCAAACCUCUCGCGUCCUCCUUAUGGAUGUCGUCCCGCUGUCCCUCGGCGUUGAGUGCGAAGGUCGCCAGUUCGCCAAGGUUGUUCCGCGUAACACCUCCAUUCCGUGCAAGAAGAAGAGCGAAUUCACGACCGUCUACGACAACCAAGACGAGAUCGAUGUGCGCAUCUUCGAGGGUGAGCGCCAAAACACCGACGGUAACCACUUGCUCGGCGAGUUCCAAAUCUCCGGCAUCGAGCGCGCCUCCGCUGGUGAGCCGAAGAUUGAUGUCACCUUCGAGGUCAACACCAACGGUUUGCUCACGGUUACCGCCAAGGAUCGCGUUACCGGCGUCGAGGCCAACGUCAGCCUUCAGCACGACCGAGGCCGUCUCACCGCCGAGGAGAUCGAGCGCAUGUGCGCCGAAGCCGAGGCCAUGGCGGAGGAAGACGAGCGUAUCGCCAAGAUGCGCGAGUACGAGGGCACCGAUUAA